AUGGCGAAUGGUGUAGUGUUUGAAGAUCCAAAUAUGGUGAGACAAGUAGUGGUGAAUCAUUUUAGCAGUGUGUUUACUGAAAAUUGGAAGUCUAGGCCUAAAUUGUCAAGUUCCUUCUUAUCCAUUAGUCUGGCUAAUUCGAAGGAUGUGUUAGAGGUAGAGUUCUGUGAAGCAGAAAUUUGGGCAGCCAUUCAAGAUUGCGAUGUAAAUAAGGACCCAUGGCUAGAUGGUUUCAAUUUGUCUUGCAUUCAAAAAUGUUGGUCUAUAAUGAAAGGUGAGUUUAUUAAAAUUUUCCAAGAGUUUCACAAUAAUGGGAAGAUGGCUAAAGAGUGGAGAAAGACAAAGAAAAAAGGAAUCAUUCCUAAAUUGGAUUUCGAGAAGGCAUAUGAUUCGGUUAAUUGGGAAUUUUUGUUAUCAAUGAUGGUAAACUUUGGUUUUGGUGAAAAAUGGGUGAGGUGGAUUACGUCGUAUAUUUCUACAUCAAGGAUAUCAGUGCUUGUUAAUAGGUCACCCACUGUAGAAUUUUCUCCUCAAAAGGGGUUAAGACAAGGUGAUCCACUCUCACCUUUCCUCUUUAAUAUAGUGGUUGAAGGUUUAAAUCUCUUACUAGAGAAAGCAAAAGAAAGGGGAUUGAUAAGAGGAGCUUCAGUUGGACCUAAUGAGUUGAAAAUUUCUCAUUUAGAAUUUGCGGAUGAAAGCAUAAUUUCUCAUUUCUCUUACUGA